AUUGUACUUGAUUACACCUAGUUACUUAUUAAAAAUAAUGUGAAUUAAAAAUAUUCAUAUAUAUUUAUCAUUACAUGUAAUAUAUCUACGAAAUCAUGAAACUAGUGUCGCUUUAGUAAAUGUCAUGUGGCCAAUUUGUGAACUGUUGUUUGUGGCAAUUGUCUACUCUUAUAUCCUACUCGAAUUUAUUUAAGUAGAUCGUAUUUACAAAAGAUUUUCGUGCUUGUUAUUCAUUUUCUAUCGUAAAAAUACUUUUAUUGCACUUGAAAUAAAAACUGACAAUGACAAGAUGGCUAAAAGGGAACGUGGGGUGAUGCAAUUAAUUUGGAAAAGUUUUGUUAGUUCUUUACGACCAGCUAUGCGACAUAAAUUAAUUGGAGAAGAUUAUUGUGGAACCAAAUAUUAUGAAAUACCAGUUCCAACUAAUUCUACAAAGAAAGUAUAUCGUUAUUUUGUACCUGUAAAUAAAGAUGACUUCGACCAAGAACUACCCACAGAAUGGGAGUCAUGGUUAAGGUAUCGUAGGAGAGAUCCACCAUCUAAAGAGGAAAUAGAAACAAAUUAUGAAAUAGCAAUGACUAAAAAACAAAAUGCUUUGCAAAUAAAAGCCAAAUAUUCGAGUUCUGUAUCUGAAACAUCAAAGUUGGAAGUUCCAAAGAAAGGACAACAAUCAUUCCCCACAUAUGAAGAAUAUAAGAAUCAUGGAGAAAGCUAUGAAAUUAAAAAACGCCCGUUGUAGACAUAGAAAAGAUAAA